AUGUGGGCACAGCCAACCACCCGAGCCUUUGUGCGGCUGCCCCAGCUGACGCCGGGCUGGGCGCCCAUCACAACUUCCUCACCUUCGCGACCCAGUCAGCCUAGCCAGUGCAGCGCUACAAAUCGGCUCCGCGCUUCAACCGGUGUAGCGCUUGGGAUCACGGUUCACUGCCGUUGUGCCUACCGUUCCAGCGCAAAGCAAGCCCGGCACGCUCACUCGAGCCCCAAUCUGUCUCCACUGCCGACGCCUGCUGACUCCUGGGCUCUUGUCACCGGUGCUGCAACAGGGCUGGGCCAAAAACUGGCGGCGGCCUGCGCAGAGGCGGGCUUCGGCCUCAUAUUGACGGAUGAGGAGUCGGCCCUGCACAGCCUGGAUCCUGCGAAGAUCGCAGGAAACGGCACAGUUUCUUCGGACCGCAUCCUGAAGGUGCCAAGUAGUCUCGCGGAUCCUUCCGAAGGCGCGGCAUAUCUCUACGACAAGAUCAAGGACUUGGACGUUUGCAUGCUGAUGGUCUGCUCCGAUCGAUAUUCCUACACUGGCUCAUUUCUCAGCCAGAGCGUGGAAAAGUUGGACAGGAUGUUGGCUCAGAAUGUUGGCGCAACUGCUGCCCUGUGCCGGCUGUUCGCGAAUGAUAUGGUCCAGGCGAAGCGUGGUCGCAUCCUUUUGGUAGGGGCACCAGCAGGCGCUACACCCGGGAUUGCUGGAGCCUGUGCCUUCGCUGGUUCCAUGGCCUUUGUCCGCUCUUUAGCCGAUGGACUCAGCAAGGAGCUUGCAGAUGUCGGCGUUGGGAUUUCCUGCCUGGAGAGUUCGACACUGGGCCGUGAUGGGUCGCUGACAGAUGCUUUGGCAUCCACGUGCGUGGGCUUCUUGAUCGAUGGUGAACAGGCAGCGCUGCCUGCUGCACCAACUCUAGAUGCAGCUGUCACCGCGUCAUCCAGGGAUGAGGUUGAAAUUGAGGAUGCCUGGAGCGAGGAAUACAUGAGGCUAGCUGACGCGGAGAAUUUUCGUUUGUUGCCCUAUGCGGCUGAGAUAGAUCGCCUCCAGCAUGCGCCGCUAUCGGAGAUCUCCAAUGCGUUGCUUACGGGUUUGGCCUGUUCAAUUUAUGUUUUUACCCGGUCGCCUGGAGUCUCGGAGGGCACCAUCCGAGUUCUCGCAGCGGCUGCCUCUUCGAUUAACGCCCUUUUCUUUCUGGACUUCCUGGCUCAUUGGUACAGUCGCGGCCUGCGCUGGCAGUACCUCUUCAACCCAUACAUGCUGAUCGAUCUCCUGUGUGUUCUGCCCUUUUUGGCACGGCCCUGGGUCCCAUCGAUCAAUUCCAUGGAGCUGAACUUUUUGAAGCUCAUACGAGUUCUCCGAAUCUACCGCUUCUUUCGGCCGAAGGCCUUCAACAGCUUUCUGCGGAUCCUGGUCGGCCCGGACCAGGCAGAGCCAUACGAAGAUGCUCUCCGCGGUGUAAAGCCUUACCAGUUGCAGAUCUUCCGCACUUUCGGUGUGGUGUUCACGCUGAUCUUCAUCACAGCAGGGCUGUGUUACGAGGCCGAGCACAUGGUGAACCCACAGUUUGCCGACAUCUUCUCAUCUUUUUACUUCAGUGUCAUCGCGCUCUCAACCGUCGGUUUUGGAGACAUUGAACCCAUGACGGCAGGCGGUCGCCUUGUCAUCACCGUGGCGAUCAUCGUGGGCCUUUGCCUCAUUCCAUCGGAGGCGUCGCUCGUUGCCAAUGCUAUCUCAGAGGAGCAGCGGAAGCUUGAUGAACAGGAGGCGGAGCUGGCCUUGGCCGAGGCAGAAAGAACACGUGCGCAGCUGGCUUGGGAUGCGGCGCGCAUUGCUGAGCUAGAGGAAACAGAGCGGGAGGAGAGGGCACGUGUCCUGGAGCUGGAGGCGUUUGUCGGCCAACGCGAAGACGGCAAGCCAAAGUCUGAGGCUGCCAUGGAUGAAAUUCAAUCUUAA